AUGGCCUGGGCUCUGCUCCUCCUCAGCCUCCUCUCUCAGGGCACAGGGUCCUGGGCCCAGGCGGCCCUCACUCAGCCUCCCUCCGUGUCUGGGACUCCUGGGACGUCAGUCACCAUCUCCUGUGCUGGGAGCAGCAGUGAUGUCGGUUAUGGUAGUUAUGUCUCCUGGUACCAGCAGCGCGGGGGCACGAUCCCCAAACUCCUGAUAUAUAGUGACAGCACUCGGCCCUCAGGGAUCCCUGCGCGCUUCUCUGGCUCCAAGUCUGGCAACACGGCCACCCUGACCAUCUCUGGGCUGCAGGCUGAGGACGAGGCUGACUAUUUCUGCUGCUCAUAUACAACCAGUAACACUCUCCACAGUGGUGCAGGCUCAUGGGGAAGGUCCUGGGCCCAGGCGGCCCUCACUCAGCUGCCGUCAGUGACCGGGAACCUGGGACAGUCGGCCACCAUCUCCUGUGCGGGAAGCAGCAGUGACAUCGGGCGUUAUAAUUAUGUCUCCUGGUACCAACAGCGCCCAAGCACGGCCCCCAAACUCCUGAUUUCCUACGUCAACACCCGGUGCCCGGGGGUUCCUGAGCGCUUCACCGGCUUCAAGUCCAGCAACACGGCCUUCCUCGUCAUCUCCGGGCUGCAGGCUGAGGACGAGGCCCACUAUCACUGCUUCUCCUACGUGGGCAGCAACACUUGCCACGGUGGUGCGGGCUCAAGGGGAAGUGAGACCAAAACACCCCGGCGCCCGCCCGCCUUGCUCUGA